UCUCCUUCACCUCCUUAGUUCGCCCCUCUCGCCUCUUCAAUUUCUGCAAGCAAGCCCCUACCCUAGCCAGAAGAGAACGUACAAACAAACCUACAAUGGCGGAAGGUCUCGUUCUCCGUGGAACCAUGCGUGCCCAUACCGACAUGGUCACCGCCGUCGCCACCCCCAUCGACAACUCCGAUAUGAUUGUCACCGCCUCACGUGACAAGUCCAUCAUUCUGUGGCAUCUCACUAAGGAAGAGAAAACAUACGGUGUCCCACGACGUCGUUUGACUGGACACUCUCACUUCGUCCAGGACGUUGUUCUUUCAUCCGAUGGACAGUUCGCUCUCUCCGGCUCCUGGGACGGUGAGCUCCGUCUGUGGGACCUGGCUGCCGGUGUCUCCGCACGCCGUUUUGUUGGCCACACAAAGGACGUUCUCUCUGUAGCCUUCUCUAUCGAUAACCGUCAGAUCGUUUCGGCCUCCCGUGACCGCACGAUCAAGUUGUGGAAUACUCUCGGUGAAUGCAAGUACACCAUCCAAGACGGUGACGCCCACACCGAGUGGGUUUCUUGUGUUAGGUUCAGCCCUAAUAAUCUCCAGCCUACAAUCGUCUCUGCGUCAUGGGAUAAGACUGUGAAAGUUUGGAACUUGAGCAACUGUAAGUUGAGGUCCACUCUGUCAGGGCACACUGGAUAUGUGAAUACUGUGGCGGUGUCACCUGACGGUUCCUUGUGCGCCAGUGGAGGGAAAGAUGGAGUAAUAUUGUUGUGGGAUUUGGCGGAGGGCAAGAGAUUGUACUCGUUGGAUGCAGGGGCUGUGAUUCACGCUCUGUGUUUCAGUCCAAACAGGUACUGGUUGUCUGCUGCAACUGAGCAGAGUAUUAAGAUCUGGGAUCUCGAGAGCAAGAGCAUUGUGGAGGAUCUUAAAGUUGAUUUGAAGACCGAGGCUGAGAAAAGUGAGGGCACCACCGCUACUACCACCAUAAAAAAGAAGAACAUCUACUGCACGAGCUUGAGCUGGAGUGCAGAUGGAAGCACCUUGUUUAGUGGAUAUACAGAUGGUGUGAUCAGAGUGUGGGGAAUUGGGCGCUACUAGGAAGGAAGAAGAAGACUGAGAGUUGCUGUUUUUCGUAUUUUUGAUGACAAACUAGUUGAAGUUGCAGGUUGGAACAGCUAUUAUUGUUAGAUUUUAUGCAAAAUGUUUCCAAGGAUAUUUUGAUUUUCUUAUUUUAUUUGGAUGUUGUAGGCUUUGAGGCCUAUGCUAUUUUGGUUUGGCUAUUAUUUAGAUAUUACAUUUCUAAAAAAAUAGUUAUGGGUGUGAUGCGAUCUUACAUUUGUUAAGAUGUCAAUUAAAGACGGAAACAUGGCUCUGGAGGAAAAAUGCUCAAAAUUUAUCUGUGA